CUAAGGUUCCGGCAUCAAUGUAUCUAUAACCUAUGGUUCCGGCAGACAAACGGCCAUUUUUGUAACAAUUCUUGCACGCGCUCAACUGAUGUGACGCCGUCGUGCUAUACUAAAGUGAAUUUAACAACAUUGUAUUAUUCAAUUUGUUUGAUUUGAGCUGAAUAUCUAUACUACUCAAAAUGAGUUACGGAAGACCUCCGCCACGAAUCGAUGGCAUGGUCUCGUUAAAAGUAGAUAAUCUUACCUACCGAACGACGCCUGAAGACUUACGCCGCGUUUUCGAAAGGUGCGGAGAAGUUGGUGAUAUCUACAUUCCCAGAGAUCGGUACACAAGGGAAAGUAGAGGAUUCGCCUUCGUGAGGUUUUUCGAGCGUCGUGACGCUGAAGAAGCCCUAGACACGAUGGACGGACGAAUGUUGGACGGCAGGGAACUUCGCGUUCAGAUGGCGCGAUAUGGUCGCCCCUCAUCGCCAUACAGGAGUCGUUACGAUCGCAGGCGCAGGUCCAGGUCUCGUUCCCGCCGUCGUAGUUACUCGCGCAGUCGUAGCCGCAGCCGUUCGCGCAGUCGCUCUCGCUCUGACUCAAAGAGUUCCAGGGGACGUUCCCGCUCACACAGUCGUUCUCGCUCACGAUCCAGACACUGAAAUGUCCUUAUGGUGUGAGAGUGUACCUGUUGAGAGCUGAAGUGCUGUACUAGACGAUUGAGCAGCCUUUAGCCAAGGUACUAAUCACAACUAUUAUAUAAGCCACCCUCAGACCUAACUAUGGUGAACAUAGUGACAACACAUUCAAUGUAACAAAUUAUCUAUAAGUUUCUAUAGGUUAACUUACUACAUUUAAGAUUGUAUUCAUUUCUUUUUAUUUUCAUUGUGUGUGACUGUUUCAUCUUUAUAAAAAAAAGGAAAUUAGUAUGUGUAGCUUUAUAUUUUUUGUCUUCUGACUUACUUGAGGUUGUAAAAUUUAAUGAAUUUUAAAUAAUUGGUACAAUAUUAGAUGUGAUGUGGGAGCGGUUAGAUAUUAUUUCAGGUUCAUAAAACAAUCUGGAAGACUAAACCACUACAAGGAUUAUUUGGGCUAACUUGGGCAUUAAUUUGUGAACUCCAAUUUUGGUAAUGAUAAAAUUUCAUAAAACAAUGUCCCUAAUACUUAAAAAUGCUAAUAAUUGAGUACUGGGUUGUUGAAGAUGUAUCUGAGUGUAAAAAUAAUUUGCAUAUAACUAUUAAUACUAAUGUAAUAUGACCCAACCUAAUACUCAGGAUUGUAUUAUGUAGAAUUCUUACGUAUGUAAAUUUAAUUACUUCAAGAUUAACUGAUGAAUUGGUAUGCUCAGGGCGUGAGGUGAGCGCGUGGAGCGUUGCUGUGUGCGGGGAGGGGGUUGUGUGCGCUGUUUGCUGACAGACGCGGAAUUGCCGUAAUUGCAGUAUCAAAGUUAUGAGUAAAUCUUUGUAUUUAUUGCCCAACCGACACAUGCAUUUUGUACAAAAUUAAUGACACGUUGCUAUAUAUAGCAUUACAAAAAAAAUAAAAAAAAUAUAAAAUGUAAGUAUAUAAAAGAUCUUUAUUCCUAUGAUAAACAAACUUUAUAUCAACAAUAUUGAUGCAAAAGAGUUGAUAUAGUAAGUAAAAUGUGUGCACAGAUUUCUAGUAGUAAUCGGAACAAUAAUGCAUCAGAAACAAACCCAGAGGCUGUAUGUUGUUGGAGCACAGACUGCACUAACAUUUGCAUUUGUUUAACAGGCCGGUGCUGCUCGCUGGCCUGUAUGCUGUUGCAGUCUUCUAUGCUGUUUCGAGCUCGUCUAGGUUCUUAUCGGUAACCCCCUGCCCUCCUUUGUGUGCAUUGCCUUUAAACUUGUAGUUUGAGCAUGACUUGCUGUAAAAGGUUUGUAGCAAGCAUCUUUUGCUUUCAAUGUAUUUAGAAGAGAAGAUCGUCACACAUGGAUCAGCUACAGGAUUUUGUCGUAGGUUUUUUUGUCAAAUAAAAUAAUAACUAUGUAAA